UUUCCCAUAAUUCAGAGAGACAGAAAUCUAGUUGUGUUUAAAUAAGUCAUAAAUGCUCUGUGUUUAUUAAAGAUAGUCGUUAGGUUCCUGUGCGUUUUUACUUUUUUUAAGAGAACACAAUCUGUGUUAAAUGAAAUGAACUAGGAUGUGUUCUCAUAGAGACGCACGAGGACCAUGUCACUGAUCCUGUUUGCCUUCGUUGUCCGGGUCAGGGAUGGGCUCCCUCUCUCUGCCUCCACUGAUUUCCUGCAUAACAAGGAGCUUCAGGAGAGAAAGCAGCAGCUGAAAGUGAUCUCUAAAUCUUUAAACAUAUUACCAGAGAGAGGCAUCAUCAAGGGCCAUGAGCUCAACAUUUACUUCCUCUCGUCCAAGGGUGUGUCCUACAUGACCGUAUGUGCGUGCGGUCUCCCUGCAGCCAUGGCCUUCUGUUUCUUGGAAGAUUUGUGCUGGGAGUUCACAGCAUGCUUUGACAGCUCAGCAGUGGCCCUGGCAAGCAGGCCUUACCCAUUUUUGGAGUUUGACAGUACCAUUCAAAAACUUCAGCACCAUUAUAAUCAGAAUAAAGGUCCGUCUCUGGAAAUAACCCUGGUCGAGGUGCAGGAAGAGCUCAGCACCAGCCCUCCUCAGGUUUUUACCAUGGAGGAUGUGAUGAUGGCCAACGGAGUAGCCAAUGGGCAUGUGGACCAAACACCUGCGUCAGAAGGACAAAAUCAAAGAUUGGAACCAGUCUCAGCUCCUGGAAUCCUCUCAUUGGUUCUUAACAUCACGUGUGCUGCCCUUAACCUCAUACGUGGUGUCCACCUUAUUGAAUACACCUUUCAGGAUGAUUAUGAUAGUUUAUGGAAUGUGCUUGCGUUUCUUGUGGCGUUUGUCUGCUGUGUUUGUCAGUGUCAUCUGUACUUGUUCCACACCUGCCAGAAGAAGUUGAAAGCCAUCACUCUCCUGAUUCUCAUCAUCUUAUGCAAUGCUUUUCUCUUCGAUGUGAGGAACAUCUGGCAGCUGAUCUUCCACAUGUCUGUGGCCUGCAUCUCCACCCUGCUCACCCUCCACCGAAAACUGCUGGACAGAAACACGGACUGUGGGGUAUGAGAACUUCAGGGUAAGAUACCAGCAGCCCAGAGGAUAAUAUCACAUUUUGUACAGUAUGUGCGAUAUGGUAGUGCAAUAGUUUUUUACAGGGUUUUUUAAUUAAAUUGAUGCAUAUCAAUUGUAGGCGUUUUAUAAUGAUGUAUUUUGAAUGUAAUAUGGAGAAAGUGAUGAACGGACAUGAAGUAGGGAUUCAGUUUGCUGCAUUGCUUGUGUUAAAUUAAUUAAUUUAUUCGUUGGAAACUGAGAUAGACUUGUGAAUGUUUAAGUUAAUUUAAAAUAGGAUCAUCAUUCCAAAGACUAUCAAUUAUCAGAAGUUCACAUGUAAUAUUCUUAAUGUAAAACAGACAUUUUACAGAUGUUUAUCUUUUGUCAACACACAGUGGGAUUCAAGUCUUAAACUUUGAUCGGGGAUUAUAAAUCUUAAAACAUUUACAUGUAUUAAUAGGUUUUGCGUGAGCUUUUGGAGUCUGUGAUCAAGUACAUGCUUUUCUUUAAAGUGAUUAUUGAAAUUCCCAAAUGUGUUAAUUUUUACUCUGUUAUGCUUAUACAGUUUAAAAAUGAAACUUUUCCAUUAGAAAAAUUCAAAGACCUCAAAGUCUUACUGUACAUUUUAUCAGUGGUUUACGGAACUUGGUUUACAUAUUAAUAUGUAAUUAUUUUAUUUGCACUAAAGUUCUUAAAAUAGUCAAAACGUCUUGACUUUGUUGAUAGUUAUUUUUGCAGUAGACAGUAUUAUGAUUUGAUUGAGUAAAAACUUUAUUCCAGUCAUUUGAGGCAAUUUCUCCGUUAUGAUUCAGAAUGGUAUGUUUAAAAUAAUAAGGAUGUGUCUUAUAUUUAAUACUGAUACGGACUAUUAAGCAGCUAUGGUUUGAACUCUUCAUUUUGGUCCAUUAAUUGCAGAUGUCAGUAAAUCAGAAACAGUUUAGACUAGAAUAGACAAGUUAUUCGAUUUAUGAUCUGAACUACAGUCACAUUCCUGGAAAUUUCAGAAAUGUUUACAAGCAAGCUUGCUGAAAUUGAUUUGAAUAUCAUAUUUUUGUAUCAGCAACAGCUUUCAUGUCAAAUUUCUGUUCUAGUGUUUUAAUAUGUUUGGGAUAACAGUGCUAAGCUACUGUAUGCUCAUGCCUUAUACAAAAUAAAUACUGCUGUCCAAACAGA